AUGAACUCUCAACCGCCUUUUGAUCCGGCCAUCAUGGCCGGUCUAGCCGGCGCACCGGGGAGAACAGAGGACAAUUUCGACAUUUUCGAAUGGUACCCAUGCUAUCAGAGCUGUCAGCGCUACUUUUUGGAUCAUGCGCAACACAGUGUGCCCGUCCAGGCGCUAUCCGCCUUCUUGAACAUUCGACUACCCUUCCAGCGACAACCCAACCCCAUCUUGAACUCGAACCCGUCCGGAGCGUCAGCCGGUCAGCAGUUACCCGGCCCGCCCUCCGCUUCGUUAAUUCCAUACAUUCGCCGCCUAGUCGCUACAGGAAUGGAUUUUCCAGGAGUAUUGCAUGGAUUCUUUGGUGAUGACUGGGGUAGCGGGGUCGGACCUAUGCACGAGCAGGAGCGUCGCAAUUAUUUAUUCGCCGCGAAGAGUGGAGGUUGGGCUUCAGUGAAGAAAGACUACGACAUGUCACCAUUGGAGACGAUUCCAUUUUUGCGCCCGUUACAAGGGCCUUUAGACGCCGAGAUUGAAGCCGCCGAGCGCAGUUGGAGUGAAUGGCUUGCCAUGGAAGACUGGAUGGUAGGGCCGCGUGCGCCAGACGUUCUUCGGGACUCGUCCUCUCAGAGCUCGCGACCUAGAAGCGCACGUGGCUAA